AUGUCUGCGGUAUGGUUUUACCCAAGUGAUAAUAGGCCCAUAGGACCUACACAGCGUUUAGGAAUAUACCGCGGUAGGACGACAACUAAGACGAUCGAACUCAAUCGAUGCUUCUCCGAAAAGAAAAAUCGAGAAUUCUAGAUCGUGCAUCCUACUUAAUCUAAGUACCCGUCGACGGGGCUCUUCUGUCUCAUCCAUGAAACAUGGCAACAACCAACCACCAAUAAUACAAAUAGAAACGACUCAGACCCUGCCGAAGCAGAGGAGAAGUAUAAUACUUGA